CAUAUCAAAUGGUGUCUAUUUUUCUAAACAAACCUCGCUGGACGAUCGAAUGAAUUUUAUUUAAAUAAUUGUUAGAUUGAGUUUUAGGAUGCAUGGAAAUGAAGUUUUCACCAAACUGUUAUUUAAUAUUUUAAUAUAAAAAAUCCAAAAAGGAAAGGAAAUCAUUGUUAGGGAUACAAAAUCAAGUUCGUUCACAACUGCUGUUCGUGGUAGGUUCAUUAGGGUUUUGUUGUGUGAGAAUUGAGAUUAGGAGUGGCUGAGGGUAGGAGGAAGAUGAAACCCGUGGUAGGAAUGGUGGUGUCGAACAAGAUGCAGAAAUCGGUGGUUGUGGCAGUAGACCGUCUCUUCCACCACAAGCUCUACAAUCGCUACGUCAAACGGACCUCCAAAUUCAUGGCCCACGACGAGCAUAACCAGUGCAACAUUGGCGACAGAGUUAGAUUAGAUCAUUCUAGGCCAUUGAGCAAGCGUAAGAAUUGGGUUGUUGCUGAAAUUCUCAAGAAAGCUAGAAUCUAUGUACCGCCGACAGCGGCUAGUCAAGCUGAUACAGGCAGCAAGACUGAGUUGCCGACUUCUCUGUCAUCUUAAGGUGAAGUGGUACACUAUGACAUGCCAAAAAAUUUAGGCGGUUUUGUGGCUCAUUUAGCAACACCUCUACACCAAGAGCAGAUGAGUAAAAAGAUUUCAACAUGUCCUGGUUUUAGUUGUUUGCAUCUUUCUUCUGGGUGUUUUUCUUUCUUUGGGCAGGGGUGGUUUGCAUCCAGGAAUAUGUAGUUUUUCCGUUUAUAGUCUACUAGAGGGAGAGAUUUAUCCUAUUGUUUUAUUCUCUGUUCUUAUGAAUUUUGUCAUACCCUCUAUAAGCACAUUGCCUUCUAAUUAAUUAAUAGGAUUUUAUUGCUGACAAAA